CUGUUAGGAGCACAAAACAGGAAGUUUGUUUGCUCUUUGUUGACACGAUAAAUGUCUGUAAUGUAAAAUCUCCAAAUGUUAAUUGAAGAACUAGCUAUGUAUUCUAGACUUUAGUUGGACUAAACUCUUGUUCAUGGCGGUUUUCCAUGUUUCAACGUUUACGUUUUGCUGUUGUCCAUAAGAACUACUGGAGAAUUUGUUGAAUUUGAGGAAGUCUUGUUUGUCCGAAAAGGCUUGGAGAUCACUAUGGGGUCUGCAGUGGAGCGAACUGAUGAGCAUGUAAGGGAAUAUCUCAUAUAUCGUGGCUUCACCAACACUCUGAAACAAAUGGACAGCGAGAUCAAAGCUGAUAAGGAGAAAGGCUUUCGGGUGGAUAAGAUCAUUGAUCAGCUGCUGCAGUUUAUCCAGAGUUUUGAACUGUCUGCUCUGAAGGACUACUGGCUCUACUUGGACAGACGCCUUUUCUGCAGACUAGAGGAUGUUUACCGACCCACUGUGAACAAACUAAGAGCAAGCCUGUUCAGAUAUUAUGUUAUAAACACCAUCCAGAAAGGAAACUUGGAGAAGACUCAGGAAUUUUUCCAGAAGCAGGCUAUGGAGCUGCAGGGUCAGCCCGAGUGGCGGGAUUGGUUCAUUUUGCCGUUUAUCCCUGCACCUGAACAGAACCCGGCUUUUGCUCCAUAUUUCUCCCGCCAGUGGUCUGACACCUUCCUGGUUUCGCUGCACAACUUCCUUUCUGUGGUCUUUCAGUGUAUGCCCCAACCAGUGCUGCUGAGUUUUGAUUCUGAAGUCCAGAAGACAACAAGCCUCACUGAGGAGAAUGAGCAGCUUCGUCAGCUGCUUUUUGCCCUGCAAACAGAAAGUCGAGACCAGAGCAGUGGAGACGAGGUGGUCCAUCACAAGCUUCCCCCGUAUGUUCAGAACAUGGACCGGCUGGGAGAUACUGAGCUUGACUUGGUAUCAACCCAGCGGGCUGUCAGUGUUGCCACCACACCAUCCAGGAACUUCUUCUCAACAUUCCUACCACAAGGUCGCCGCACCCCAGGAGGGAAAACGCAGCAGGUGACCUCUGUGUCUUCACCAAGCCAGGCAGUAAUUGGCAGAAAGGACCAAACAACUACUCAGUCUGCGAAGUCAAAAGAUGCAGUCCAAGUAAAAGAAGUGAAACCAGCCUCUAGUCAAAUAUCAGGCGGCGAACUGUCAAGUUCUCAAUCCCAACAUUCAAAUCAGCAGACAAAUCAACCAUCACAUUUACGCCACAAGAAAAUCCAGGAUCAUGAAAAAGAGCGCAAGGAGCUUUUCUCAAAACCAUCGUCACAGUUACAAGAGAAAAAGGGCGAGGUAGGAGAGGUGGAACCUCCAAAUGACACCGCAAGCGAAGCUCCUGACUCUUCCUCCUCAAGCAGCAGGAGCAGCGGCAGAGGAGCAGGAGGAGCCGGGCUAUCAGUAGAGCAGCCAUUUAUCAAACUCAGUCAGGAGGAAUAUGGAGAACAUCAUUCCUCCAUCAUGCACUGCAGGGUUGAUUGCUCAGGUCGCAAAGUUGCCAGUUUGGAUGUAGAUGGUGUUAUUAAGGUGUGGUCCUUCAAUCCCAUCAUGCAGACCAAAGCCACCAUCAUGUCCAAGUCUCCUCUACUUUGCCUAGAGUGGGCCACCAAACCCGACAGAUUGUUGUUACUAGGAAGCGGUGUUGGCACAGUUCGGUUGUAUGAUACAGAAGCUAAGAAGAAUCUAUAUGAGAUGAGCAUUGAUGAAACUCAUCCACGUAUCUUGUCUUUGGCCUGCAGUCCCAGUGGUUCAUCUUUUGUUUGUUCAGCUGCAGCUAUCAACCGAACUGCACUUGUUGAGCCUGUUCAUCGUCUCCCAAUUCAGGUGUCUGGACAGCUGCUGCUCUGGGACACCAAGACAGUGAAACAACAGCUCCAGUUCUCUUUAGAACCUGAACCAGUCGCCAUUAACUGCACAGCUUUCAACCACAAUGGGAACUUGCUGGUAACCGGAGCUGCGGAUGGAGUCAUCAGACUCUUUGACAUGCAGCAGUAUGAGAGUGCUAUGAGCUGGAGAGCACAUGAUGGGGAGGUUUACAGUGUUGAAUUCAGCUACGAUGAAAACACCGUCUUUAGCAUCGGAGAAGAUGGAAAGUUCAUCCAGUGGAACAUUCAUCGAUGUGGAAUAAAGCAGUCAGAGCAGGUUUUACCUCAAGAUGCCACUGGGCCUUUUGUCCUGUCGGGGUACAGCGGCUAUAAACAGGUCCAGGUUGCCCGGGGUCGCCUCUUCACCUUUGACUCAGAAGGACAACACGUCCUGACUUGUUCAAGUUCUGGAGGGAUCAUUUGCAAACUGACAAAUGGAGAACCUGCUCUGGAGAGCGUGCUGUCUCUGGGCGGACACAAAGCACCGGUGGUGACGGUUGACUGGUGCUCGGCAUUGGACUGCGGUACUUGCUUGACUGCCUCCAUGGACGGAAAGAUCAAACUGAGCACUCUCCUUGCACAGAAGUCCUGAUCCAAAACCAGAGUACUAUACAUUCCUUUGAGGGGCAGAGGUUAUAAAACAUACAUCAAGCAGAAUACAAUAGAUGCCAUGCAGAGAUGAUUCCAGAAUCUAAUGUCAGCAGUUCCAUGUUGAAUACAAACAUAUUCAACAUUCAUGUAAAUACAGUAUUAAAAGUCCGAAGAGAGUGAAGAUGAGGAUGCUUUUUUUCUCGUUUAAACUGCCCUAAAACUAUUGUCCUUUUUAUGUAGAAAAGCAUGGACAUCUGCAUUUUUUUUUGUACUUGUAAUUUGAAAGUACCUAUUCAUUAACAUUACAAUCGUUUCAAAUGUCUGCACUGCAAAAAGUGUUUAGGUCAAAUCAAAAGUUUGAAACUUGAGAAACAGCAACUUUUAUCUUGUAUUGUUUCAUCAGGUAAUGUUUACGGUACUUUCUGUAGAUCUUAGACGUUAACAGUACAUCAAUAAAAAUUGCAAUG